CUGCCCUCUCCCCGUGUGCACCACCGCCACCGCCCAUCGCCGCCGGAGACACCCCCAACACGCGCGUGCCCUGAGAUCCACUCGAGAUGUGGCGCAGCUGCGUCUCGCGCGGCCUCUCCAGGGCCAAGGCCUCCGCCUCCAGGCUCUUCUCCACCACUUCGUCGUCGUACACGGUGGUGGACCACUCGUAUGACGCGGUAGUGGUGGGCGCAGGUGGCGCAGGGCUCAGGGCGGCCAUCGGGCUCUCGGAGCACGGCUUCAACACCGCCUGCAUCACCAAGCUCUUCCCCACGCGGUCACACACCGUCGCGGCACAGGGGGGCAUAAAUGCUGCUCUCGGAAACAUGAGCGAAGAUGACUGGAGGUGGCAUAUGUAUGAUACAGUCAAGGGAAGCGACUGGCUUGGUGAUCAAGAUGCUAUCCAAUAUAUGUGCAGAGAAGCACCAAAAGCUGUUAUAGAACUUGAAAACUAUGGAUUGCCAUUUUCAAGAACUGAAGAUGGAAAGAUCUACCAACGCGCCUUUGGAGGCCAGAGCUUAGAUUUUGGGAAAGGUGGACAAGCCUACCGGUGUGCAUGUGCUGCUGAUAGGACAGGACAUGCUAUGCUCCACACGCUAUAUGGUCAAGCGAUGAAGCAUAACACACAGUUUUUUGUAGAAUAUUUUGCACUGGACCUUCUCAUGGACAAUGAAGGCAACUGCCAGGGAGUCAUUGCAUUAAACAUGGAAGAUGGCACCCUUCACCGUUUCCGUGCAACAAAUACAAUUAUUGCCACAGGGGGUUAUGGACGGGCCUAUUUCUCCGCAACCUCAGCUCACACAUGUACUGGAGAUGGCAAUGCCAUGGUUGCGCGUGCUGGUUUACCUCUUCAAGAUCUCGAGUUCGUGCAGUUCCAUCCUACAGGCAUAUAUGGUGCUGGAUGCCUCAUCACUGAAGGAUCCCGUGGUGAGGGUGGUAUCCUUAGGAACAGUGAAGGUGAGCGUUUCAUGGAAAGAUAUGCUCCUACUGCAAAGGAUCUUGCUUCUCGUGAUGUUGUUUCAAGAUCUAUGACAAUGGAAAUUAGAGAAGGACGUGGUGUUGGGCCAUUGAAGGAUCACAUCUAUUUGCAUCUUAACCAUCUUCCUCCUGAAGUUCUCAAGGAAAGACUUCCUGGUAUAUCUGAAACUGCUGCUAUUUUUGCUGGUGUUGACGUCACCAAGGAGCCCAUUCCAGUUCUGCCUACCGUUCACUACAACAUGGGUGGGAUCCCAACAAAUUACCAUGGGGAGGUUGUAGAUAUCAAGGGUGAUAAUCCAGAUACUGUUAUCCCCGGUUUAAUGGCUGCCGGAGAAGCAGCGUGUGCAUCUGUCCACGGUGCAAAUCGUUUGGGUGCAAAUUCACUUCUUGAUAUAGUUGUGUUUGGCAGAGCUUGUGCAAAUAGGGUAGCUGAGAUUUCUAGACCAGGAGACAAGCAGAAACCUCUGGAAAAUGGUGCAGGGGAGAAGACUAUAGAAUGGUUGGACAAGCUAAGAAAUGCAAAUGGGUCAUUGCCAACUUCCAAGAUUCGUCUCAACACACAACGGAUUAUGCAAAAUAAUGCUGCAGUUUUCCGUACACAGGAAACACUUGAAGAAGGUUGUCAGCUGAUCAGCAAAGCAUGGGAAAGUUACCAUGACGUGAAGAUCAGCGAUCGAAGCCUCAUAUGGAAUUCAGAUUUGAUAGAAACCAUAGAGCUGGAAAACCUGUUGAUAAAUGCAUGCAUAACUAUGUAUUCAGCAGAGGCUCGGAAGGAAAGCAGAGGGGCUCAUGCUCGCGAAGAUUUCACGACAAGAGACGAUGAGAAGUGGAUGAAGCACUCGAUGGGGUACUGGGAGAAUGAGAAGGUACGAUUGGCAUACAGGCCAGUCCAUAUGAACACACUGGAUGAUGAAAUCGAGGCUUUCCCACCGAAAGCACGUGUAUAUUGAUUAACGCUUAUCGCAUCUUGGCUGAGCAAGUUUGUUCAGUCGCAGAUUUGUGAUUGAGUAUGGUUGUUAAGUGUCAGCUUGGCGAUCGAGUAAGGUUUUUAAUAAAUCACGCAGUGGGUAUGCUUUAGCUGAGAGCUUCACCUGAACUCUGUCCUGUAUUUUGUGUAAUCAAUAAGAAAAAAGAAUGCUAAUGUCUUUCUGGUGACUAGUGUAAAUGAAAUUCUAUUGAGUUGGUUU